AUGCAGCAUACACCACCCAACCAUAUAAAGCCUUUAGAAUGCCUGUAUGAAAUGCAGCAUACACCACCCAACCAUAUAAAGCCUUUAGAAUGCCUGUAUGAAAUGCAGCAUACACCACCCAACCAUAUAAAGCCUUUAGAAUGUCUGUAUGAAAUGCAUCAUACACCACCCAACCAUAUAAAGCCUUUAGAAUGCCUGUAUGAAAUGCAGCAUACAACACCCAACCAUAUAAAGCCUUUAGAAUGCCUGUAUGAAAUGCAGCAUACAACACCCAACCAUAUAAAGCCUUUAGAAUGUCUGUAUGAAAUGCAGCAUAUACCACCCAACCAUAUAAAGCCUUUAGAAUGCCUGUAUGAAAUGCAGCAUAUAACACCCAACCAUAUAAGACCUUUAGAAUGUCUGUAUGAAAUGCAGCAUACACCACCCAACCAUAUAAGGCCUUUAGAAUGUCUGUAUGAAAUGCAGCAUACACCACCCAACCAUAUAAAGCCUUUAGAAUGUCUGUAUAUAAUGCAGCAUACACCACCCAACCAUAUAAAGCCUUUAGAAUGUCUGUAUAAACUGCAGCAUACAACACCCAACCAUAUAAGACCUUUAGAAUGUCUGUAUGAAAUGCAGCAUACACCACCCAACCAUAUAAAGCCUAUAGAAUGCCUGUAUGAAAUGCAGCAUACACCACCCAACCAUAUAAGACCUUUAGAAUGUCUGUAUGAAAUGCAGCAUACACCACCCAACCAUAUAAAGCCUUUAGAAUGCCUGUAUGAAAUGCAGCAUACACCACCCAACCAUAUAAAGCCUUUAGAAUGCCUGUAUGAAAUGCAGCAUACACCACCCAACCAUAUAAAGCCUUUAGAAUGCCUGUAUGAAAUGCAGCAUAUACCACCCAACCAUAUAAAGCCUUUAGAAUGCCUGUAUGAAAUGCAGCAUACAACACCCAACCAUAUAAAGCCUUUAGAAUGUCUGUAUGAAAUGCAGCAUACACCACCCAACCAUAUAAAGCCUUUAGAAUGUCUGUAUGAAAUGCAGCAUAUACCACCCAACCAAAUAAAGCCUUUAGAAUGUCUGUAUGAAAUGCAGCAUACAACACCCAACCAUAUAAAGCCUUUAGAAUGCCUGUAUGAAAUGCAGCAUACAACACCCAACCAUAUAAAGCCUUUAGAAUGUCUGUAUGAAAUGCAGCAUACACCACCCAACCAUAUAAAGCCUUUAGAAUGUCUGUAUGAAAUGCAGCAUAUACCACCCAACCAAAUAAAGCCUUUAGAAUGUCUGUAUGAAAUGCAGCAUAUACCACCCAACCAUAUAAAGCCUUUAGAAUGCCUGUAUGAAAUGCAGCAUACAACACCCAACCAUAUAAAGCCUUUAGAAUGCCUGUAA